AUGGACCCUCUACCUGCAUAUCAUGAGCUCAACAAAGAUGUUGCAACCCUCGUUGCCCCGUAUCUUAACACCUUCGAUCUCUACUUUGGCUGUCUCGUCAAUUCUCACUUCAAUGAGAAAUUUGGCAAUUAUCUUUGGGCUAACCCAUUCCGAGACCUAGCCCAAAGAAAGGAACCUUGUGGAGUUGUUACCAAAUUCUUCUUUGCCUCUACAAAACAUGAUCUCAAGACGCUCAAGAGAGUUCGAAUUCUUGACCUGCGUGCACUACACGAGAUCAGACGUGACAGAGCUCAAACGAAAGAUUGCGUUGUAUUUGGGCCCAAUCUGAAGCCUGAGUGGUUCUUUAAGUUCGUCAGGAAUUUUCCAGAUCUCAAUUGCAUUCUUCUCGCACCAACAUGCCCCGAAGACUACGGCUUGGCUACUGGCGCUGACCUGCCAGGUGAUUAUAAUGGAGCGCCGCAGCCAGAAUUCUUGAGCGCGGCUGGUUGCAAUACAUUCAACUACUCCCUGAUUCUCAAUCAAAAUAUAACCAAGAACCUGAUAUAUCUUGACGCAUCUGAGACAGCUUGCAGCACAAAUUGGAGAGGGAUGUUCACCAUACAGAAUCUUCCAAAACUGAGAAUCUUGAAGCUGCGAGGUCUGAGAUUGACAGAUACCAUGUUACCUCCCAUUGUGACCAACUCUAGAAGGCAGAUUUGGUCGUUAGACCUUCGUGAUAAUCUCUUGACUGACAAUUUGAUCUAUCCUCUGAUACGAGGCUGCUUUCUGGAACGAUUGCCAAAUUACAAACAUGGUCCUCUCCGUGCAACAGACGAUCAUCUGUUCGAAGACCCUCCAAUUUACUGUGAGAUUAACGAAAGUAGCGACUCGUCUCCGACUACAAUAACUACUCUUCGUCCCGACUGUAUUCAAGAGGUUGAAAGCUCUAGGAAUGGCAUGAACAUUCUUGAGCGAAGGAAUAAUGCUGAAGAUAAUCUUCUACUGGUUACAGGCCUGACCCAUCUCUACAUAUCAAACAACAAAUUCACAGCUCUUGCAUCUAAAAUCCUCCUGGCCAGCACCAAUUCUCUACAAGUCCUAGACAUCGGAUCCACCCGCCCCAAUUCACCCAUCGGAGCCGGAUCCGGCAUCGAUAUCCACGCCCAAGAACACAGCAUCCCUUACCUCUCUCGAAAAUGGCAGCCCCGUCUAGAAAUCCUCCGUAUCCACCACUCUAUCGUAACACAUCAUCCACUACCUACCAAACCCUACAACAAAAACUCCCACUCCCACUCCGACAAAGCCCCAAUCACAACCACACCCCCCAACAUCUCAGACCCAUCCCAAACCCCCCACAAGAUCCCCACCCCCCUUCGACCCCUUCAGCACCCCACCUCAAACUCAAGCACCUCACUCUUCCCCGCGCUCCAACACUUCAUCCGCCGUCUCUCCUUGCAAGAAUUCACAAUCCAAAACACCCAAAAAAAUCUCACAAGCCGACGCGCUCCGCUCCUCUACCCCGGCCUUCGAGAACUCAUCCUCGAAUUUCUCCCCGAGGCGCGAUCUGCGGACGGUGGUGGUGGCGGUGCUUCGAUCACGGAUGAUCAGGAUGCGGAUGCCUAUCACAAGGAGCUCGCUCGUGACUUUUCGUUUCUAAGCCAGGAGGAUAUUCGCACCGCGACGGCGAUGGGGAAAGAGGAGCAGGGAAAUGAUGGAGUGCAUGAUGUUGAUAUUGUGGAGGAGCUGAGGAAGUGGAGAAAGAGGGAGGUUUUGCGUUGGGGUGGGAAGUUGACAGUUAAGCUGUUUUAG